AUGUGGUAUAUUCAUAUCAUACUAUAUGAACAGUAAGAAUUAGUAGUCUUAUUGAGACUAGAACUCAUAGGGAAUCAAAUCGAUUUAUGGAUGGAAUCAGGUAUGCAGUAUUUACAGACAAAAGUAUUCAGUUAUUGGGGAAAAAUCAAUAUACUUCUAAUGUCGAAUCAGGAUCAACUAGGACAGAAAUAAAGCAUUGGGUCGAACUCUUCUUUGGUGUCAAGGUAAUCGCGAUGAAUAGUCAUCGACUUCGGGGAAAGGCUAGACGAAUGGGACCCAUUAUGGGACAGACAAUGCAUUACAGACGUAUGAUCAUUACGCUUCAACCGGGUUAUUCUAUUCCACCUCUUAGAAAGAAAAGAACUUAAAUCAAAAUACUUAAUAGCAUGGCGAUACAUUUAUACAAAACUUCUACCCCGAGCACACGCAAUGGAGCCGUAGACAGUAAAGUGAAAUCCAAUCCACGAAAUAAUUUGAUCUAUGGACAACAUCAUUGUGGUAAAGGUCGUAAUGCCAGAGGAAUCAUUACCGCAGGGCAUAGAGGGGGAGGUCAUAAGCGUCUAUACCGUAAAAUAGAUUUUCGACGGAAUGAAAAAGACAUAUAUGGUAGAAUCGUAACCAUAGAAUACGACCCGAAUCGAAAUGCAUACAUUUGUCUCAUACACUAUAGGGAUGGUGAGAAGAGAUAUAUUUUACAUCCCAGGGGGGCUAUAAUUGGAGAUACCAUUGUUUCUGGUAUAGAAGUUCCUAUAAAAAUGGGAAAUGCCCUACCUUUGAGGGUUUUGAUUGAUAAAAAAGAAGAAUCUACUUCAACCGAUAUGCCCUUAGGCACGGCCAUACAUAACAUAGAAAUCACACUUGGAAAGGGUGGACAAUUAGCUAGAGCAGCGGGUGCUAUAGCGAAACUGAUUGCAAAAGAAGGGAAAUCGGCCACAUUAAAAUUACCUUCUGGGGAGGUCCGUUUGAUAUCCAAAAACUGCUCAGCAACAGUCGGACAAGUGGGGAAUGUUGGGGUGAACCAGAAAAGUUUGGGUAGAGCCGGAUCUAAGCGUUGGCUAGGUAAGCGCCCUGUAGUAAGAGGAGUAGUUAUGAACCCUGUAGACCAUCCACAUGGGGGUGGUGAAGGGAGGGCCCCAAUUGGUAGAAAACAACCCACAACCCCUUGGGGUUAUCCUGCACUUGGAAAAAGAAGUAGAAAAAGGGAUAAAUAUAGUGAUAAUUUGAUUCUUCGUCGCCGUAGUAAAUAGGAGAGAAAAUAGAAUUUCUUUCUUCGUCUUUACAAAACAAAAAAAUAGGAGGAAGCUGUGACACGUUCACUAAAAAAAAAUCCGUUUGUAGCGAAUAAUUUAUUAAAAAAAAUAAAUAAGCUUAACACAAAAGCAGAAAAAGAAAUAAUAAUAACCUGGUCCCGGGCAUCUACCAUUAUACCCAUAAUGGUCGGCCAUACUAUUGCUAUCCAUAAUGGAAAGGAACAUUUACCUAUUUAUAUAACAGAUCGUAUGGUAGGACACAAAUUGGGAGAAUUUGCACCUACUUUAAAUUUCCGAGGCCAUGCAAAAAGCGAUAAUAGAUCGCGUCGUUAAAAAACGUUUGUUUAUGUAUAAUAAUAUAUAUAGAUAUUUAUCAUUGAUUAGUAGGAGGCGAACUUUAUGUUAAAUAAGAGAACAACAGAAGUAUACGCUUUAGGUCAACAUAUAUCUAUGUCUGCUCACAAAGCGCGAAGGGUAAUUGAUCAAAUUCGUGGGCGUUCCUACGAAGAAACACUUAUGAUAUUAGAACUCAUGCCUUAUCGAGCAUGUUAUCCAAUUUUUAAAUUAGUUUAUUCUGCAGCAGCAAAUGCUAGUUUCAAUAUGGGUUCGAAUGAAGUAAAUUUAGUCAUUAGUAAAGCUGAAGUCAAUGAAGGUACUAUUGUGAAGAGAUUAAAACCUCGCGCUCGAGGGCGUAGUUUUGCGAUACAAAAACCUACCUGCCAUAUAACUAUUGUAAUGAAAGAUAUAUCCUUAGAUGAAUAUAUAGAUACCGACUCUAUUACAUGGUCACAAAAACCUAAAUCGAAAAAAAGCAUACAACUAUGUUGUAUUAUGAUAUGUAUAGUAAUGGGGGAACAUGGGACAAAAAAUAAAUCCAAUUGGUUUCAGACUUGGUACAACCCAAGGUCAUCAUUCCCUUUGGUUCGCACAACCAAAAAAUUAUUCUGAGGGUCUGCAAGAAGAUAAAAAAAUAAGAACUUAUAUCCAGAAUUAUGUACAAAAAAAUAUGAAAACAUCUUCUGGCGUCGAGGGAAUUGCACGUAUAGAGAUUCAAAAAAGAAUCGACCUGAUCCAAAUCAUAAUCUAUAUGGGAUUUCCAAAAAUCUUAAUUGAAAGUCGACCCCGAGGAAUCGAAGAAUUACAGAUGAAUUUACAAAAAGAAUUUCAUUCUGUAAAUAGAAAACUUAACAUUGCUAUCACACGAAUUGAAAAGCCUUAUGGAAACCCUAAUAUUCUUGCAGAAUUUAUAGCGGGCCAAUUAAAAAAUAGAGUUUCUUUUCGCAAAGCAAUGAAAAAGGCUAUAGAAUUAACUGAACAAGCAGAUACAAAAGGAAUUCAAGUGCAAAUUGCAGGACGUAUCGACGGAAAAGAAAUUGCGCGUGUUGAAUGGAUCAGAGAGGGGAGGGUUCCACUACAAACCAUUCGAGCUAAAAUUGAUUAUUGUUGCUAUACAGUUCGAACGAUCUAUGGGGUAUUAGGCAUCAAAAUUUGGAUAUUUAUAGACGGGGAAUAAUAAACCUUUAUUCCUUUUGCAUUCUAUCCAGCGAUGGAACAAAAAAUGAGAAAUUCGUUUCUUCUUUUUAUUUUGUGUUCAAUAAAAAAAAAUGAACAAUUAUAAUUCUAUAGGGUUGAAUAAAAAUUCAAUUAAUCUUUUGAUAAAAUUGCUAUGCUUAGUGUGUGACUCGUUGGUUUUUUGAGGGUUAGUAUAAAAAACCAGCCCCACGGUAUAAACAAAUAACUAUAGAAGUAAUAACCAACUCAUCACUUCGUAUUAUCUGGAUCCAAAGAAUCAGUCAAGAUAUGAUAUAUUGUUCAUAUUGUUGUAGCAACUGAAAUCUUUUUUUAUUAUUUAUUAAAAAAUAUGCUUCUAAGUUGUCAAUCGAAAUAAAAAAGAAAGGGUAUGGAUAAAUGGAAGGAUGAGAGAAAGAAAGAAAAAGAAUAUUGAUGAUAUAGAAUUCCAAUAUGUAAGGUCUAUGAGUCAUCUCAGAAAAAGCUGUGUAAUAAAGCAUCAAUACGGAUUCAUCAUUAACAUUAAAUGGAUCUGCUCAUCGAACAAAAAAUAAAGAGCUUCGAGCCAAUAAAGGCUAAGAAUAUUGACUCAAGAACUAAUAGCUCCAUUGUAGAAUUCAGACCUAACCAUUAAGUAAGAAGCGAUGGGAACGAUGGAACCUGUGAAUUCAAAAGAUUCUAGUGAAAAUGAAUUCGAAUGAUUCAUGGAUCGGGAUGGCGGAACCGACCAGAAACCAAUUCAUCUAUUCGGAAAAGUUAUGAGCUAAUGAUAGAACUGAAAUAGAAAUUGAAAGAGUAAAUAUUCGCCCGCGAACACUUUAUUUUCUUGGAUUGCUAAAUUUGGGUCAAUCCAAUACGAUAAAGAGUAAAACAAAAGAAAGAUUCGUUUUAACAGUCUAAAAUAGAUAAAUAUAAGAAAAAAUAGUUAUGUUAUUUAGUAUAUUUAGUUAUCUAUACAAACAAGAUAUACAAAUUCAUAAUAGAUUUGAUCUAGAUUAAAUGAAAUCCAUGAUUCAUUAUAUUACUUAUUAAAUACAUGUAUAUUUUCAUUCAAAUUAUAUUCUAUCUGAAUUGAAUUCAAAAUGUUUAAUUUGAAUUCAUUUUAUUCGCGAGGAGCUGGAUGAGAAGAAACUCUCACGUCCAGUUCUGUAGUAGAGAUGGAAUUCAAAAUAAACCAUCAACUAUAACCCCAAAAGAACCAGAUUCCGUAAACAACAUAGAGGAAGAAUGAAGGGAAUAUCUUAUCGAGGUAAUGCUAUUUGUUUUGGUAAAUACGCUCUUCAGGCACUUGAACCCACUUGGAUCACCUCUAGACAAAUAGAAGCAGGUCGACGAGCAAUGACACGAAAUGCACGUCGCGGUGGAAAAAUAUGGGUCCGUAUAUUUCCAGAUAAACCAGUUACAGUAAGACCCGCAGAAACACGUAUGGGUUCAGGUAAAGGCUCUCCCGAAUAUUGGGUAGCUGUUGUUAAACCAGGUCGAAUACUUUAUGAAAUGGGUGGAGUAACAGAAAAUAUAGCCAGAAGGGCUAUUUCAAUAGCAGCGUCCAAAAUGCCUAUACGAGCUCAAUUCAUCAUUUUGGGAUAAAAAAGAAAUAGGCCUUGGGUAAAAAAAAAUAGCGGGUGCGGGUUUCUUUUUUUGGACAAACAAUAUUUCUUUUUUUCUUCGACCUUUGUAUUGUAAAAAACAGAUAAAAAAAAUGAUAUGAUUCAACCUCAGACCCAUUUGAAUGUAGCAGAUAACAGCGGGGCUCGAGAAUUGAUGUGUAUUCGAAUCAUAGGAGCUAGCAAUCGCCGAUAUGCUCAUAUUGGUGACGUUAUUGUUGCUGUGAUCAAAGACGCAGUUCCAAACAUGCCUCUAGAAAGAUCAGAAGUGGUCAGAGCUGUAAUUGUCCGUACUUGUAAAGAACUUAAACGUGACAACGGUAUGAUAAUACGAUAUGAUGACAAUGCCGCAGUUGUGAUUGAUCAAGAAGGAAAUCCAAAAGGAACGCGAGUUUUUGGUGCGAUUGCCCGAGAAUUGAGACAGUUCAAUUUUACUAAAAUAGUUUCAUUAGCCCCUGAGGUAUUAUAGGUAUUAUAAAAUCAGAGCACGAUAUGGUUAUAGUAGGGUAUUUAAAAAAAAGAAAUA